AUGUCUGCCCCAGCGCAGGUUUCAUCAUCGCAGAUUUCUCUGAAGUCCAGCCCUCCAGUUUCUCCACGGAUGACUUCAGCAAAGGAGGCCAAACCACCUGCUGCUCAGAAACCACAUCUGGAAAAAAUAAAAGACCAGUCUCAGCAGGCCAAGGCUCCUUCAUCAGGACAGGCCAAAGUUGACAGGGGUCCAUCAGAGUCUGCAAAUCCAGAAGCCUCCCAAGCUGCUCCCAAAGUCGGCCUGUCUACUUGUCCACUCUGUAAAGCGGAACUUAACAUAGGUUCCAAAGAUCUUCCAAACUACAACACCUGCACUGAAUGCAGAACCAAUGUCUGCAACAAAUGUGGAUUUAGUCCUAUGCUAAAUGUAACAGAGGGAAAGGAAUGGCUUUGUCUCACCUGCCAGAUGCAGAGAGCACUUGGAGCUUCUGAACCUCCAGGCCUUCCCAUGAUAAAACCUUCACCAAGCAAAGAGGUCCCUGUUACUAUACAGAAGCAAGAGACCCCAAUAUCAACUUCUCAGGAAGACAUCCAUAAAACAGAUGCACCCAAAAAGGAGCUUGCUAAUGUUGCCACAACCAAAGAAACUAAAUUCCCAGCCCUUGGUCCACCAACAAAUGAAGUUAGCCCUAUACCUGCUUCAUUGCCUGACAAAACUGCGCCAUCCAUUGUCUCAAAGACUGAAGAUUCACAAGCUUCACAAAAGUAUUCUGGAGAGACACCCCAAGGACAACCUGGUAUACCCCAGCAACAGGCUCCAAAAGCUGUGACAUCUACUACUGAGUCUGUUCCUCCUCCAGAUACAGAGACAGGAAAGCCAGACCCACAAGAGCCUCCAAAAGUUGGGACUUCUAUUGCCAAGUCUGUUCCUGCACCAGAUCAAGAAGCAGGAAAGCCACCCACACAAGAUCCUCCAAAAGCUGGGACUUCUAUUGCCAAGUCGGCUCCUCCACCAGAUCAAGAAGCAGGAAAGCCACCUACACAAGAGCCUCCAAAAGCUGGGACUUCUAUUGCCAAGUCGGCUCCUCCACCAAAUCAAGAAGCAGGAAAGCCACCUACACAAGAGCCUCCAAAAGCUGGGACUUCUGUUGCUAAGUCCACUUCUUCACAAGAUCGAGAAGUGGGAAAGCCACCCCCACAACAACCUCCAAAAGCUGGUACCUCUCCAGCCAAAUCUAUACCACCACCAGCUCAGCCAGCAAAACAGGAGUCAGGAGGCUUCUUUGGUUUUGGUGGUCCUAAAACACAGCCUGCAGCAAAGUCUGCUGAGUCAGUAACUGGAAAGAUGUUUGGCUUUGGGUCAUCUUUCUUAAAUUCUGCAUCCACUUUGAUAAACUCAGCUGUCCAGGAUGACUCUAAAGCCACACCACCAACUCCACGUAAGAUGUCCACUACAGCUCAAGUCUCUCCUAAAACUACACCAACAACUCCACGUAAGAUGUCCACUACAGCUCACGUCUCUCCUAAAACUACACCACCUGCCUCUCCUAAAACAUUACCUGCAAAGGACACCAAGCCACCUGCUGUCCAGAAAACUGAGGAGAAGAAACCAGAGAAAUCACAGCAGGAAAAGACACUUUCAACAGUACAAACCAAAGUGGACAAAGCUCCAUCAGGGCCCCCCAAGGAACCAACAGACACCAAAGUUGUUCCAAAAGCAGAUCUGUCCAUCUGUCCACUCUGUAAAGUUGAUCUCAACAUGGGCGCCACAGAUCCUCCAAACUACAACACUUGCACAGAAUGCAAGACUACUGUCUGCAACCAAUGUGGAUUUAAUCCAAUGCCAAAUGUGGCUGAGGUCUUUGCUUGCCACUGA